GUCGCAACGUGGUCAAUGAUCAAAUGGGGAAUGGCGAUGUUCUUGGCUUUUCCACUGACUGGUAGGUAGGACUAGUGGUCAGCAAACAGCCGAGCAGUCAGCACUCGGAUUGAUUAUACUCGUUCCGGAUCUUGGCUCCAACACAGUCAAUAUGAUACGAUUCAAGUCUUGUGGAUUGUCUCAUUUUCAGUCAAGAUGCCCUUGAUCUCGAGACCUGUCUUGUUUCACUACUUGUCAUCUUUUAUUUUAUGCUCUGGAGCCAUCUGUCUCCUCAUCCUGUCCUUUGCCCGAUUAUUGAAUGGAACGGCUUGCAAUAAUCAUUUCUACUCCUGGUCGCCAGCUAAAGAUGUUAUAUCUUAUCAUUGGACCUUCUUCAACAAUACUCCUUUCUUCACUGAAGACGAGUUCUUCAAACUUGAGCUAUCUGCCGAUCUUGAACAAGCAUGGGCAGAUUUUCUACCACAUCACCCGAUAGCAAUCCCUCGUGGGCGUAUGACAGACCUCAAUCAAUCCUUGGACUUAACAUUCGCUCAAUCAGGGGAUCACAUCCUCGCACUACCGGAGGUGUUUGUCCAGCUCCACUGUCUUCAUUUCCUCUGGCAGUUCAGCCAUCGACAAGAAUACGACUACUCCAACCUCGCCUCAUCCUCUCCAGAACGACUGACCGAACGAGCUAAUCAGUGUGUUGAGCGCCUUCGACGGGCAAUCAUGUGUUGGGCAGAUCCAGGGGUAUACAUCAAACAGAGAAUCAACGGCACAAUUGGAGUCGACCUUGAUACAUACCACCGGUGUCGAAACUUUGAAGAUAUUCGCCAGUGGACCCUUGCUAACGGUGUGAAAUCUGUAUACAUGCACGAUGGAUGGUGGAAUGUAAGCUUAGUCCCUGAUCAAUAAGGAGAACAUAGUGACAUGUAGCAAUCCCGUUACUUUCCACCUACUCGUGUAUUCAAAUCCGUCCCACUGCUGAGUAAUAAUUUCACAAUCUCAUAGUUUCCUGUGCGACAAGCAAUAUGCAAGGGGGUGUACCCGUUACAGUCCAUUGCCUCGGUACCUGCUGCUUCUUGCAGUAGAAGAGCGACGAUCUCGGUGUUGCCCAUGCAGCAGGCAAUGUGCAAUGCAGUGCGGUUUUGAGAAUCCACUAUGUCGACGUCGAUGCCGUAUUCGAGGAGUAUCUCGACAGCCCGCACAUGACCUUUCGAGGCACAUAAGUGCAGUGCCGUCAUCCCGUUAUCCAGAUCCAGUAUGUCCUGAUCGGGAAUUGAAAUGUCGGUGCCUGGACUGGAGAGACUUGGAGUUAGAUCUAGCUGUAUAUCAACUGAGCUCUGCGCCUUGAAUGGAUUC